GGUCUGGGGAGCUAGUCACUCAGCCAGCAGCCCCUGCUUUCUUUCCCUAGUCUCCAGUCCUCCAGUAUUCACAGGUGAGCUCCCCAGCGGCCACUGUUCAGGAUGGAGGCCAUCAAGAAAAAGAUGCAGAUGCUGAAGCUGGACAAGGAGAAUGCUCUGGAUCGGGCAGAGCAAGCGGAAGCUGAGCAGAAGCAGGCAGAAGAAAGAAGUAAGCAGCUGGAAGAUGAGCUGGCAGCCAUGCAGAAGAAGCUGAAAGGGACAGAGGAUGAGCUGGACAAGUAUUCGGAAGCUCUGAAGGAUGCUCAGGAGAAGCUGGAGCUGGCGGAGAAGAAAGCAGCCGAUGCUGAGGCUGAGGUGGCCUCCUUGAACCGUAGGAUCCAGCUGGUUGAAGAGGAGCUGGACCGAGCUCAAGAGCGCCUGGCCACUGCCCUGCAAAAGCUGGAGGAAGCUGAGAAAGCUGCUGAUGAGAGCGAGAGAGGUAUGAAGGUUAUUGAAAACCGAGCCUUAAAAGAUGAAGAAAAAAUGGAACUCCAGGAAAUCCAACUCAAAGAAGCUAAGCACAUUGCAGAAGAGGCAGACAGGAAGUAUGAAGAGGUGGCUCGCAAGUUGGUGAUUAUUGAGGGAGACUUGGAGCGCACAGAGGAGCGAGCCGAGCUGGCAGAGUCUAAGUGUUCUGAGCUGGAGGAGGAGCUGAAGAAUGUCACCAACAACCUCAAGUCUCUUGAGGCUCAGGCGGAGAAGUACUCUCAAAAAGAAGACAAAUAUGAGGAAGAGAUAAAGAUUCUUACCGAUAAACUCAAGGAGGCAGAGACCCGUGCUGAGUUUGCUGAGAGAUCGGUAGCCAAGCUGGAAAAGACAAUUGAUGAUUUGGAAGAUAAACUGAAAUGCACCAAAGAGGAGCACCUCUGUACACAAAGGAUGCUGGACCAGACUCUGCUUGACCUGAAUGAGAUGUAGAGCACCCCAGUCCCGCCCUGCCGCUGCUCCUCCCUCUCACCCCGACUCCGCUGAGGCCAGCCUGCCCGAAGCUGACCUUUAAACUGAGGGCUGAUCUUUAACUGGAAGGCUGCUUUCUCCUUUCGCCACCUCUCCCACCCCCCUACUCCUGUGUCCUUUUCGCCAAACUGUCUCUGCCUCUCCCCAGAGAUUCCAGUUGGGCUAGAGGCUGAGCCCCUUUGGGAACAACGAUUAAGGGAAUGUGAGCACAAUGCAAAGUGUCUUUAAAAGCAUGUUGUGAUGUACACAUUUUGUAAUUUCCUUUUUUGUUGUUGAUGUAACAACCAUUUGUAAAAAACAUUCCAGAUAAUUCUGUAGUUCUGAAGCAGCAGUCUAAUCCCGUUCUCACUUUUGGAAGGUAACAUUUCAGCUUAAUACAUAUUGCCUUCUCCAGAGAGAAAGGGAAAAGGCUUGGGCCUGCCUUACUGAGAGCCUAGCAGCCCAGAGAAAGGCUCCAUUUAGGGAAACCUCAUUGCUCUGUAAAAAGUACCUGCCAAACCAGAAAGAUGAUUCCAGGAGGAGUUAGCCAAAAAAAAAAAAAAAAGUGCUGUUCAGGUUUUCAGCUUUACGGUAUCUUUGGACAACCUUUUUUUUUUCUUUUUGCAUCAGAAGUGACCAAACAAUUAAGAUGGUGAAACCUCUGAGACCAAAUCCUUGUCCCAGCUCUACCCUGUUCCCAACUGCUCACAGAAUGGACCAUGUGCCCCUUAUGUUGAAGUGACCACUUAUUUGCUCUUCUGCCUCCUUGAGAGAAAGGAAAGAAAAUUAUGUUUUGCCACUGAUUUAGCCAUAUGAAACUCAUCUCAUUACCCUUUUCUGGGUCUGAAGCUGCUGUCUCUAAAAAGUGCCAUCUCAUUGUGCUUUGUAUCGGUUAGUGCUGGAGAAAUCUUGAAAAGCGUAUGUACAAAACUUUAAAAUUUUUCUAUUAUUUUGGAACUUUGCUUCUUUGGGGUUGAGGCACACUGGUCACCCCUCUGCCUAUGAGAGUUCUGUACAGUCUGUGGGCUAGCAGUGUGCUGAACUUUUCAAGUUUCUUUCCCUACCCAGUCCCCCUUUUUUGAUGAGGUUUCAGUGAGGUCUGUUAGGUGUGCAUCCUGCAGCGUAAUUGGCUUAAAAUGUUCUCUCCUUCGGUGUGGUCUCUUUGGGGACCAACUGGGAGGAAAAAAAACCAAUAAUGUAACUGUUUUGAUACUGAAAAUUGAUAAAUGUCUUUUUGAAAUAAAGAACCAGUCCCUCCAACCUUCA